ACGCGGUGGUCGCCCGCGAUGGAGGAGGCGAAGAGAGGGCCGAAGCGCCCGCGGGUCGAGUGCGGGCUCAUCGAGGACGAGAGCGCGCGGGAGGUCACCUUCUCCAAGCGCCACCAGGGCCUGUUCCGCAAGGCGGCCGAGCUCUCCGUCCUCUGCGGGGCGGAGGUCGCCGUCAUCGCCUACUCGCCCCACGGCAACCCCUUCGCCUUCGCCCACCCGUCCACCCCCGACGCCCUCAUCGACCGCUACCUCUCGGGCGGGGCGGCCGGGCCCGCCGCGGCCGAGGCGGCGGCGGGGGCGGCGCACAGGGAGCGGUACGAGGACGCGGCCGCGAAGCUCGAGGAGGCCAAGAGAGAGGCGGAGAGGAUCGCGGCGGAGGCCGGGAAGAGGAAUCGGUGGUGGGACGAGGCGGUCGCGGACCGGAUGGAGGAGGAAGAGCUGGAGCUGUACGUGGCGUCGCUGGAGGCUUUGAGGAAGUUGGUCGCCGAUAGAGUCGAACAGUGCGGUGAUUUGGGUUUCUACAGCCGAUUGCUGGCGACGGACAUGAGCAUAAGCAUGGACUUGGAUACCGCGUUUCUCGCUGAACUGCAGUAUUCUUGUUAAUGGGGUCUUGAUAGAAACCACUUUCUUAGUUCAAAUAAUUUGGGAUUCUAUUAAAUUCCUCCGUAAAUUUCUUCUUCUCUUUGGUUUUGCAUAGUCUUGUUGCCUUUAAACUUGGGGCUGAAGUUUCCGGAGAUGAGGCAUAAUGGCGAAGGGGAAAUCGUGUUGAAUGAAUUCUUGUAUUUCCUGUUGACAGAUAUGAAUCGAUCAAAUUCGUUUA